AUGUCACUCGUGCCACCUGGCGGCGCGGACUCUCCAAGCCCAAGGAGAGCUGUAAGCCCCCUAUUAGAAAUGCGGAGACCUCACUGCACACUAGCAUGUGACUAUUGCGCAGCAAUUUUGGAAGACAAGUUUAAGCGAAAUGCAGAUGUGAGAAAUCGGGGUACUUCACCGCUAUCAGCUUCACCGCGACAAUCAUUGACGGGUGAACCACCUUGGACAGUUCCAGAAGACGAUCGACCUGACUUCUCUGCCCUUAAGGAAAAUAUACAGAAAAUUAACAAAGAUUGCGAAACCUCUACACGCUUGGACAUGUUACUAACGCAAGUGGAACAGUAUGCUAAUAAUUUAGAGGCAUUAGUCGAAGAACGAACAUCAGAUUACCUAGAAGAGAAGCGAAAGUGUGAAGAGUUAUUGUACCAACUUUUGCCGAAAUCCGUUGCAUCUCAAUUAAUAAUGGGCCAACCAGUAAUGGCAGAGACAUAUGACCAAGUGACUAUUUACUUUAGCGAUAUAAUUGGUUUUACGCAACUAUCCGCCGAAUCAACACCAUUAGAAGUCGUCGAUCUCCUUAACGAUUUAUACACAAGCUUCGACUCAAUUAUCGAAAACUUUGACGUAUACAAGGUGGAGACAAUAGGUGAUGCAUACAUGGUGGUAUCAGGUCUACCCAUGCGUAACGGUAAUCGACAUGCAGCCGAAAUUGCACGAAUGUCUUUGGCUUUGCUCGGAGCAGUGCGUGUAAAGACAGUACCACAUCGACCUGGGGAGAGGCUUCUACUACGGAUUGGAAUGCACACAGGACCAUGUGUGGCGGGAGUAGUGGGCUUAAAAAUGCCACGCUAUUGCUUGUUUGGAGAUACUGUAAAUACUGCUUCAAGAAUGGAAUCUCACGGAGAAGCUCUCAAGAUUCAUGUUAGCCCAAAGACAAAAGAAGUUCUAGAUUUAUACGAUUGUUUCGAGCUUGAAUGUAGGGGAGAAAUAUCAAUGAAGGGUAAAGGAAAAAUGACAACUUACUGGUUGAUUGGGGAAAAGUCAAACGAUACGAAAGAUAAACCAAAAGAACAAAUAAAUUGUACUCAAACAAAUAAUCCCAGUAUAACUUUCCAAGGUCCUGAUAGCCCCGCAGCGCAUUCCCUCACUUACAGCCAAAGUCCGGAACGCAACGUAUCAAAAAAUUAUGGCAAAAACACACCGGAAGAAAUAUUAAGUGAGAGGGAUCGUAUUAAACAUGAGAUCGCAACUUUUGUAGCGAAAGACCUCAUAAAUAAUAUAGAUAUUGCCGUGAAAGAAUUUAGAAAGUCACAAAGUGCUAAUUUUAACUCUAAUUUGGGGGCAGUGAGCAAAUCCCUUUGUAAUGGCAAUGAAAGGGUACAAAUCACACCAACGUACGACAAAGAACUAGUUUUCAGCAAGGGAAAGUUCAGUUAG